GGCGGCGCGGACGCGGCGGCGGCCGGUGGGGCCGCCGCUGGCGCCGUCAUCUUGCUGCUCGCUUUGGGCGGCGGUAUGUACGUCUACCGUCGUCGCAGCAGCAAGGCCCCCGCGGCGGCCGAGGACGACGUCGAGCGCGCGAUCAGCAAACAGCUGGCCGUGCCAGACCUUUUGCCUCUGCACGAGCUUGCCCCAGAGGACGCCGCGGGGUGGCUCAGGCGGCAGGACCUGCCAGGCGGUGUCGACGGGCUCUGCGCCGCCGUGAUCAAGAGGAAAAUUGACGGGGCGACCCUCCGCGACGCCGACGACGCCUCCCUUAAGGAGCUGGGCGCCACGCUGGGCCUGCGGAAGGCCGUCCUCAAGCUCCUGCGCGCGGAGCCGCCCGCACCGCGACGCGCCGACGAGCCGCCGCCGCCGCCGCCGCCG